UCACCGUCACCGUGCGCAAAUCUGGGCAGAGCUCCCGGCUUUAAAACGGCGUGAUCAUAGCAGCCUCUGCCACUGCAAGCAAAGCCACCGCCCACCGGCCGGAGGGAAGGGAGAAAAGAGAAAGCUAGCUCCUUUGUCUUUGGGCCAUGGCGGAGUUCAAGCACCUUUGCAUGGCCAAGUUCAAGGAAGGCGUCGUGGUGGAGGACAUCAUCCAGGAGCUCACCAAGCUCGCCGCGGAGCUCGACACCGUCAAAUACUUUGGGUGGGGCAAGGACGUGCUGAACCAGGAGGCGCUCACGCAGGGCUUCACCCACGUCUUCGUCAUGACCUUCGCCAGCGCCGAGGACCUGGCGGCGUGCAUGGGCCACGAGAAGCACACUGCCUUCGCAGCCACCUUCAUGGCGGCGCUCGACAAGGUCGUCGUCAUGGACUUCCCCUUAGUCUUCGUUAAGCCGGCGCCGCCGCUUGCCUGAUCCGCCUCCACUAUCUCUACCAACAACUAUCACCAAGCAUGGGAGUACCUGAGCCUCCUUUCUCUGCUUGUCCUGCUGCUUCAGUGUUUAGCUGGUGCAGCUGCCUGUAAGACUGUAACGCCGCGUGUUCCCCUGAAAAGUUGUUUGGUGAUCCACCCUUGAAUAAACUUGUGCGAUUUUCGUUUGUU